CAUCGCUGAAUAGUUUCGUUAACAAGAAGUUGGUGUAAGCAAAAGAUUAAAAUUUUUAUUUAUUUUCUUAAAAUUAUUUUUGUAGCUGGAGUGAUUAAAGUGCAUUUGAAAAUAAAAAAAUGAAUCCUUUAGAUCAAAGUGAACAUUUACUGGCAUUAAAAGUGAUGCGCUUAACCAGACCUACUUUAGUGUGUCCACAAAUCAUCUCUUGUGAACCUCGAGACCUGCCACAACUUAGCUUCAAGCAGGUUUCAGAGACUGAAGGCACAGCCAUCGCCGGAUCAGAAUUUUUGGCUGCUGGUCAGUUUAUGCUUCUUCCUCAGUCAUUUGGCAACAUCUAUUUGGGAGAGACUUUUUCUAGUUAUAUUUGCGUCCACAAUUGUACUUCCCAUCCAGUGGAUGGUGUUACUGUUAAAGCAGAUCUGCAAUCAAACAAUACACGUAUUAAUUUACCCAUGCACGAAAACAAAGCAAAACCAGCAACAUUAGGUCCUGACGAGACUUUAGAUGAUGUCAUUCGUUACGAGGUUAAAGAAAUCGGAACUCAUAUUCUCGUUUGUGAAGUCAAUUAUACCACUCCUGCCGGUCUCCCCCAAUAUUUUCGGAAAUUCUUCAAAUUUCAAGUUUUAAAACCUUUGGAUGUGAAAACGAAAUUCUACAAUGCUGAAAUGGAUGAAAUAUAUUUGGAAGCACAAAUACAAAACAUCACCACGGGUCCCUUUUGUCUGGAGAAGGUUGAGCUUGAUAGUUCCGAUCAAUAUACGGUGACUUCGUUAAACACUUUGCCAAAUGGAGAAUCAGUAUUUACAUCAAAAAAUAUGCUGCAACCAAACAAUAGCUGUCAAUUUCUUUAUUGCAUAAAACCCAAGCCGGAAGUCUCUAAGGAUAUUAAAGUAUUAAGAACAGCAAAUACUGUGGGAAAACUGGACAUUGUUUGGCGUUCAAAUUUAGGAGAAAAGGGACGCCUGCAAACGAGUCAGUUACAAAGAUUGCCUUUUGAAUAUAAAGAUGUUCGGUUAGAAGUAAUUGAUGCCAUGAAUAUCGUCAAGGUUGGUGAACCUUUUACUUUCGUUUGUAGAGUAACUAAUACAGCAGACAGACCCAUGGAUUUGAUGGUCAAACUACCAACUCCAUUAGAUUUCAAUUGUCCCUAUACUGGAUGUGCUGAAUUUAGUAUAGGUGUAGUUGAUCCUGGCCAAUAUAAGGAGUUUCCUCUAACAAUAUGUCCUUCCAAAUUGGGUCUGGUAAAGGUGACACCAUUGGUAUUGUUAAACACAAUGAUACAGGAGCAAUAUACAAUUGAAAAGGUUGUUGAUGUUUUUGUUGUGGACACUGAUUACCAUAAUGAUGAAUCAUUCCAAAUUAAUAAAUUUGUUCGUUAUGAUAAUGCUCCACAUCAACAGGUUGAAGAUCAGUCACUACAAUUGCAAGUCGUCUAGAAUUAAGAAAAAAUAAAAGUAUUUAUUUUAUAAACUACUAUCUUUAUUAAUUAUAUAUUUCCAUAUAUAAUAAAAACAUAUUUAUUUAGUGAA